GCAUCCUUCCACCUAACCGUGUGGUUGGAGCAAUUUCAUGGCAGAUAGAAUCAGUGGUGAAGCAAGCAAAUGGUGAGAACCCAGCACCUAGGGAUUUCCCAUGAAAUAGGUUGUUUGUCCCCGUUUCCGUUCACUCACAGGUCCUACACUGGGCUCGGCUUUGCUCACCUGUCAUCCUGGGGUGAAACGUACAACCUUCAUGAUCCAGCAACGUUUCUGGUAGCUGGCUAUGAGGAAACAGGUGGCAGAAUAUGUGGCGGCCUGCAAUGUCUGUGCCAGAAACAAGACCUCCUCCACUGAAGCGCAGAUGGGUUUGCUGCAGCCUCUUCCGGUUCUUCAUCGACCAUGGUCCCACAUCUCAAUGGACUUUGUCACCGGAUUACCCAUAUCAGAAGGAACAUUGUUUCAGACCGAGGCCCACAGUUCAUCUCACAUUUUUGGAAGGAGUUCUGCCAUCUCCUUGGAGCCAUCAUCAGCCUGUCUUCAGGAUACCACCCUCAGUCCAAUGGCCAGUCAGAGGGGAUCAACCAGGAGCUUGAGACCGGAUUGCGGUGCCUGGUCUCCCAGAACCAGGCAUCAUGGAGCAAGCACCUGAUCUGGGUUGAGUACGCCCACAACACGCUGCCUAAUGCCGCCACAGGACUCACGCCAUUCCAGUGUGUGCACGGCUACCACCUCUGUUCCCUGACAAUGAGACUGAGGUGAUGGUUCCAUCAGCUCAUGCCAUGGUCCGUCGGUGCCGCCGGAUCUGGGCCAGUGCACGUCCUGCUCUCCUGCACAGCGCCAGCCGGAUGAAGAAGGUGGUGGAUCGACACCGCAGACCUGCUCCACGUUAUCGGCUUGGACAGAGAGUUUGGCUAGCUACCAAGGACUUACCUCUCCAUGUCAUGUUGAAAAAGCUAGCUCCAAGGGAUGGAUGUGCUGCUGCUGCUGCUGCUGGGACACGUUCACCUCAGUUCUUCUGUCGGUGCAUCUUUCCCUGGAGUUCUUCCAGACUCACUGCAGUUCUUUGAAUAUGGGUCCUUCAGUGUGAGCUGUGAACUCUUCUCUGGUUCGACUGAAUGGAGAGUUGUGAGGAAGCUCAACAAAGGUUCAACAAAUCCUUCCAGCUGGAACUCGUCGGCAGCCUCCUUCAGCUUCAGCCUAACCAUGGAGAAGCACAGCGGAGAGUACUGGUGUGAAGACGCAGCCGGAAACACGAGCGGAGCCGUGCACAUCAGCAUCUCUGCUGGUUCUGUGAUCCUGGAGGUUCCCGCCCGGCCGGUGCUGGAGGGACACGAUGUGGUUCUUCCUUGUAAAAAUCAGAACUCUCAGUCAAAGCACAUCGCUGACUUCUACAAAGAUGGUUCCAUGCUCCAGACCUCGUAUAGAAACAACUUCAUCAUCCGAAAUGUGUCCAGGUCUGAUGCAGGACUCUACAGGUGCAGCAUCUCUGGAGUUGGAGCUUCUCCUGAGAGCCGGCUGACUGUUUCAACACAAAGUACAGUGUCUUCUUUCCAAGAAGACACACCCUCCAGCGCCCCCCCCUCACCCGCUCCGCCCUCCCUGCUGUGGACUGUCGGGGGGGCAUCGGUGGCUCUGCUGCUGAUGGUGAUGGGACUACUUCUCUGCAGGAAACACAAAGUGUUGGUGUGUGUCUCGUGUGGAGCAGCAGAAGGAUCAGCUGGAGAUCAAACAGGUUCAGGAGGAGAUCCAGCCUCUGCGACGUACGCUGUCGUUAACAAAGCAGCUACAAAGUCACGUUCAGCAGACGAGGGCGAUGUCUACUCUAUAGUCCACUAUAGGUCGGACGGAGGGGUCAGCUGACGGACGGAGGGGUCAGCUGAUGGACGGAGGGGGUCGUCUGCUCAAAACUCUUCUUCUCUUUGUUCGUGAGCGAAGCAGGAAGUCACAGUAACAAGGAACAUUUUAAUUCUUAUUCUUUUUAAAAUGUGUUAUUGUGUUCUGAAAUCCAUUGCAAAGUCUUUCUGUUAUCAAUCAUGUAUUUUUAUUAGUUUUAAAAUCUCUUUAAAGUCAAUAAAAGCAAAACAAACCA